CGAGCAUUUCCGUUGUCUUGGACCAGCCGGAUAGAUUCCCCCUCCUCUUGUGUGAUGUUCACCCGCACUGCGUGACUACCAUCGUCCUCAGGCCACAGGACUGAGUCGAAACCGGUAUCUUGAAAGAGUCUGUCCCUGCAAUUGGGAGAGAAAGAGGUCCACAAUGUCUGAACUUUUUAUGGAGUGUGUGGAGGAGGAGCUGGAGCCAUGGCAGAAACAAGUCCCUCAAGUUCACCUGAUAGACGAUGAUGACGACGAGCCUAUCUUUGUUGGCGUGCUCUCUCAUAGCCAGAAGGAUGGCAAGCCUCAGCCAGCACCUCCUCAGAAAAGCAGUGCAGGGACACAAGAUAAGAGGUCCCCCCCCCCUCAGGCUGCUGCUGCCGGCCCUGCACCCAUAGUGCUGCCACUGAGUGUCCCUGUAACUACAGUCUGCACCACGCCACCUAAACUGACCACGGUGACGCCGCAGCCUGUCAUCGUUAAUAAUCAGGGCUUCAUUGUCACUUCUCCAAGAAUAACAAACAACAAGGAGCUUAUUGCCACUCUGGGUUCCCAGUAUCCCCCCGGGACCUCAUUUACAAUCGUGCCAGCCGGUCAGCAGCCGCUUUUUCAGCGGGUUUCUUCAGCCACAGUCGUGCCCGGUGUGGUCCACAGGCCUCAAGUGCAGCAGAUUAGGAACAACGUGGUGACUCUGUCGAAUGUCCAGAGUCCUGCUGUGUAUUCAAUACAGUCGGGUCAGCUGCAGCCCAAUCACGCCAUUUCGCAAUCCCUUCUGGCCGUGUCUAUGCCUGUUAAGGAGAAUAGCAACAACAGAGAACAAAGUGCUCUCAAACAAGAUCCGAUGGACCUCGGAGGUGAAAUUGUGGCCAAGAAAGUGAAGCUUGAUUUGCAACCAGCAAAAGUCACUAUAAAGGUGGAAAAUGGUAUCCUGAAGAAAAAGUGCCCCAAAUGUCAAGAAGAACUUCCUACAGAAGAGGCCCAGAAAUAUCACGUAAUGCGAUGUCGUAUCAAAACUGGAAAUCCAGCUCCCUCAGCCCCAAACCCGAAUUCAAACAAGCUCAUAAUGCUUGUCGCAGAUUUUUACUACGGACGCUUCGAGGGGGACGAACAAAAAAGGGGGGCGCCGAAAACCAACACUACAUUCAAAUGCCAAAGCUGUUUAAAAGUUCUCAAGAACAAUAUCAGGUUCAUGAACCACAUGAAACACCACCUGGAGCUGGAAAAGCAGAACAGUGAGAGCUGGGAAAGCCACACGACCUGCCACCACUGCUACCGACAGUACAUGACUCCAUUCCAGCUGCAGUGUCACAUCGAGAGUGCUCAUAGCCCUAUCGAAUCCUCCACUAAUUGCAAGAUAUGCGAGCUAGCGUUUGAGUCUGAGCAGGUGCUCCUGGAGCACAUGAAGGGGAACCACAAACCUGGGGAAAUGCCUUAUGUCUGCCAGGUGUGCACCUACAGGUCGUCUUUCUUCUCGGAUUUGGAGACGCAUUUCCGAAGUGUCCACGAGAACACAAAGGACCUGCUGUGUCCCUUCUGCCUCAAAGUUCUCAGAACCAGCCACAUUUACAUGCAGCACUACAUGAAGCAUCAGAAAAAAGGAAUCCACCGCUGUGGAAAAUGCAGACUGAAUUUUCUCACUUACAAGGAAAAAGUGGAGCACAGGACUCAGGUCCACAAGACUUUCAGGAAACCCAAAGCCCUGGAGGGCCUCCCUGCAGGCACAAAGGUGACCAUCCGGGCCUCCCUCAUUGGAAGGUCCUCUACUGCGCCCAUCUCACCCGGCCGAUCUGCCAUCACUGUCCGUCCAGAACCAUCCACGGUCACCAAUUUCAAAGGCAAACCGCAAGUUACUUGGUCCAAGUCUAAAGCCAACAGCUCCGGAGCAGGGAAGGCCAAGGCGAUGCAGAACAAGAAGCGGUGCCCUCCACCCGCCAAAAACAACACGGCGCUCAGGAACGUCAGCGUCGACGGAGGGGACUACACAUGCAUCGAGUGCAACGCAAGAGUCGACUGCUUCUUCUCACAUUUCCCAUUGGUUUCAAACUGUGGCGCGUGCAACUACAGCACAAGUUGCAAAACCUCCAUUGGGAAUCACAUGAUAAAAUGUCACAGCACAGUCAGCAAACACAAACUGUCGAAGAUGGAUCAGAAGAAAAAUGUAUCUCCAUUGAAGUUUACCCUCCUCUGUCUCGGCUGUGACCUCCUGGUUGACGCGUCAGGCUGUGACCUGAUGACCAAACAUUUAGCAGAUAAACCAGAUCACGUAUGCAAAGUCAUUCAGGAGAAAGAUCCAAAAGCUGACGACCAAGAAGAAGAGAUUGGGAACUGGAUAUCUAGACGGAGAAAACUGAGAAGUAUUGCUCUUGCUACUCUAGCAAGACAUCGCCACCUUUGUGAACUGCCGUGUCAGUACUGUGUGCUGAACCGCCAGGCUGGUGUCUUGGCCUUGUACUUUGAUGAACAAAGUGACCUGAGACCAGACUUCUGCCUCUCCAGACCGACAAUCGCCCAUCUGAUUCAGGUCCUCAGCUCUUCAUCAAAUUGCGGCUGGGGUCAAGCCCUAGAGGUUCUCGUGUUUCUGUUUUGGCUGGCCAGUGCGACGUCGUACAAAUUCGUGUCCAGGGCGUUCGGGAUCCCACGCACCACCGUGUACGAGGUCGUGCGCAAGAUGGCCAACAAGGUGAUCGGGCUCCAAAAGAGGAUCAUCAGUUUACCGUCAAGCGAUGAGCUCACAAACAUAGCUGCUGGCUUUGAGCGCCUCUCCGGGUCCAGGGCUUUCUCCAAGGUUGUGGGCAGCCUCGAUGGCUGUCACGUAAGGAUCAAGCCCCCCAGUGACGAAUCUCAGCGCUACAUCAACAGGAAACUGUUCCAUUCAAUUCAGAUACAAGGCGUGUGCGACCACCAGUGCCGGUUCCUUGACAUAUUUGUUGGAUACCCAGGCUCGGUUCCUGAUGAGAGAGUUCUUCAGAACAGCCCGUUAUACGAACAGAGACUGUACCCCCCUGAAGGCUGCUGCAUUCUGGGAGAUGGUGCAUAUCCCUGUAUGGCACAGCCCAUUGCAGUCAUCACACCCUACAGGGAGCCAGCGAACAGUGAGAUUGAAGCAAGGUUCAACGCGCACCACGCAAGGGCCCACUCCGCCAUCAGCAGGGCGUUCGGCAUGAUGAGGACCAGGUGGCGCUCCAUAUUUUUCAAGGAUCUGGAAGUGCAACCAGUGUUCGCUGUGCAGAUCAUUGCUUGUUGUGCUGUACUGCACAACUUCUGUCUCCGAGACGGAGACGAACUGGAGCCCGAGGCAGAGGCUUUGCAGCCAGACCACGGAGGCGGUUAUGCCGGGGCCGACCUGAAAGAGGGAGAAGUGCUCCGCCAACGCAUCGCCUCUGCCCUGUCGGCGAUGAGGGACACUCCUCAUGCUCUUCAGGACCACGACUAUUAUUAAGAAGACAGCUCAGAGUAGUCACAAAGAUUCUUUUUAUUCAAAUUUGGUGUGAAUAGAUUAGUCAUGUAAAUGGUGUAUGAUAAUGAUACUGUGGAUAUAAAAAUACCUUUUUAUACGUAGUUUUCCGAGUUUUAUAUCACUGGAAAGUCUUUAAAAUGCUGAAGUUUGUUUUAUGUCUAAUUUAUCUUCAAAAGGAGUGUUCCUCCUUUUUUUCUGUUCUGAUUGAGUUUGCUGUGCGUCUGGUUAUUUUUCUCCCAUAAAUUAGUUGCCUCUUCUUACCAAUGCCAUCUUGUUCAGACCUGUUCUCUGCCCCCUGAGGUGGCGCUGCAGCCUUUUCACUGGUCUAGGUGGUGCUGAAUCAAACUGUUCCAGAGAUCGAGGCUAAAUUGAUGGCUUUCCAUUGGCAGGCUGGAUCUGGGUCUUGACUACCUUGCCCUCAUAUAAAAAAAAAAAAAAAGCUUUUUGCUAUUGAUAAAAUGUGAUACUGUAAAGUGGCUUUGUUGUUUUUUCUUUUUCUAAACAAAAAUCUGUGAGCUGCCUGAUAAAUGGCAACAUUUCCCUGUUGAUGACUUUAUGAAGAUACUACUGUCUCCCCCGGGCCCUAAUUCAGCCAGGUCUAUCAGCUUCUAUAUCUCUACUGUGAGAGACAUACCUCUUUGUUUGAGCAGUUGGUUUUGAUGUUGUUUGCCUCCUGAAGGCUUGUGCUGUUCAUACAAAUGUUACUUUUUGAAUGCUAAUUUCAAGCAAGUGAAUGAAAUCUGUGAUAUUCUCCAUGUUCCCUAACCAGGGCUUCCACUUCUUGGGUUCUCGAGCUGAGCUGAGGUGGUUGUAGGGCUGUGACAGUGUUUUCUUCUUAAUCCGAUUAAAUGAGACUAAAACAGCUCUGAAUUCAUCUAAAGCAGAUCAUUUGAAUGGUCAUGCUAGUAUUUCUAGCUGUAGGAUAUAUCCAUUCAUUUAAUCUAUUUUCAACCAAAAAAGUGUUCGCACAUAUACAAAUGUGUCGGCAAAUGUUGUGUAACCAGUGCAGAUUAUUCCCUGGACAGCGCUGAACCAGGUUAAAAGUUAAUGCCGGUAAAAGGGGAGUGAUACAGAAGGAGGCUGUUUCUAGUUGGAGCUGGAUUUGAUACAGUCUCCAGGUCUGAGGUUCACCACAUUAGAGUAGGGGCCGACGCUGAUUUGUUUUUUUUAAAUGAACAAUUUCUACAAAAGCACCAAAUUGUGGUUUUAACACUUUAACCCCAAAGUUUAAAAAAAAAUCGUUCUUCUCAGCCAAUAAUAAAUCCGAGAACUUCACCUCAAAAUAUUCCUCCAAUCACACUUUGAUAAACCCGAUUUAGAUUUCUUACUCUAAGAAAAUGCUUUGGACCUCCCAAAAAGUUUUUCUGUGUUACACCUCCCUGAGGGGAUUAAAGGUAAACUAUGAGCAAUAUUUAACUCGAACAUUUGUGAAACAUGACGCUGUGAGUAAAAGACAGUAAAAAAGUAGUUGGCUUAACUUUUUUUUUCUUUUCUUUUUGUAACUCAACGAUAUGAAGUUUGGCUUUAAAUGUGUCCUUACCUGCAGGCUGUGUUUUAUACUUUUAUUACUUCAUCUGCAAAAAAGGCCAUAGGUAGGGGUCAUUAAUAGUUUCUAAUUUCCUGACAAAAAUUUCCUUAAAAAAUAUUCAUGGCCCAUCUUAUAUUUGGGAGCAGGAUCUUUCUUUGAAUUGUGACUUAAGAAAUGAAGGUGAAUGGUGGGAUAUGACUGGUCAGGCAGCCAGAGGUGACUAACCAGCGUAGACUUGUUUUGAUUUAGUUUUUUUGUUGAGAUGGGGUACAAACAUGGGGCCUCAUGGAUACUUCAAUUUAACGAAUGGCUAGAUAUUAGUCGAUUUGUAUUUUGUUUUUUUGUGGGAAAAAAGCUGUGAAAAUAAAUAAAAAGGAAUUUCUACAUUUGCAAAAUCAUGGGAAGGUACUUUAAGGUGUAAAUAUACUGCUUUUCUCCCUACGCUGUGGGCUACUUCGGGCACUUAGCACAAAAGAUCAAAACCCCGUUUGAC